AUGCGAAUGUUGCAAACACUUUUCCCAUUCUGCACAUAUAUAUGCAGGGUCUAUCACUGGCACUCUGCACCAAUAUGUGCAGAAUGGGAAAAUCUUGCACUUUUGCCUUUCGAUGCGAAUGUUGCAAACACUUUUCCCAUUCUGCACAUAUAUAUGCAGGGUCUAUCACUGGCACUCUGCACCAAUAUGUGCAGAAUGGGAAAAUCUUGCACUUUUACCUUUCGAUGCGAAUGUUGCAAACACUUUUCCCAUUCUGCACAUAUAUAUGCAGGGUCUAUCACUGGCACCCUGCACCAAUAUGUGCAGAAUGGGAAAAUCUUGCACUUUUGCCUUUCGAUGCGAAUGUUGCAAACACUUUUCCCAUUCUGCACAUAUAUAUGCAGGGUCUAUCACUGGCACCCUGCACCAAUAUGUGCAGAAUGGGAAAAUCUUGCACUUUUACCUUUCGAUGCGAAUGUUGCAAACACUUUUCCCAUUCUGCACAUAUAUAUGCAGGGUCUAUCACUGGCACUCUGCACCAAUAUGUGCAGAAUGGGAAAAUCUUGCACUUUUGCCUUUCGAUGCGAAUGUUGCAAACACUUUUCCCAUUCUGCACAUAUAUAUGCAGGGUCUAUCACUGGCACUCUGCACCAAUAUGUGCAGAAUGGGAAAAUCUUGCACUUUUUUCAAAGAAUGUUAAACAUCGAAUUUCAAUUCGAGAAAGGAGUUUACAAAUGCAGGG